CUUUGUCUUAAUACGGAUUCUUCAUGCGACCUAAAUUGACAGAGGUGAGAGAGUGAGUGGGAGUGUGGGAGAGAAAGAUCUGAAUUAUUUGGGUGGGAAUCAGCAGCGACUAGUAAGGCAUAGAGUUAGAGAGGGAGAGGAGAGAUGAAAUCCACCAACAAAACUUAAGAGCACAAACCACAAAAACCAAAGGCACAAAAAAAAGGCCAACUUUAAAGAAGCAAAGAACACAGAAGAACAUCAAUGGGGAUGAGGAGCAAUAGUAAUAAAGGAGGAGAAAUUAUUCAAGUUGAAGGGGGCCACAUUGUGAGGUCCACAGGGAGAAAAGACCGCCACAGCAAGGUCUACACCGCCAAAGGACCACGCGAUAGAAGGGUCAGGCUAUCCGCCCACACCGCCAUCGAAUUCUACGACGUUCAGGACCGUCUCGGCUACGACCGCCCCAGCAAAGCCGUCGAUUGGCUCAUCAAGAAAGCUCAGCCCUCCAUCGACAAGCUAGCCGAGCUUCCUCCCUGGCACCCACCCCUCUCAGCCGCCCCGCCGCACCAGGAUCAAGAAGAAGAAGAGGAGGAGGUGGAGGAGAAUCAUCAACAUAAUAAUGAUAUUAUUCAUCAGCAAUUCCUUCAGAUUCAGCAACAGCAGCAACAAAACCUUGAAACUGACCCCAUAGCUUUCUUCCCUACAAGCUCAGCUACUCCCUCUAUGAAUUUCCAAAACUACCCUCACCAGAUGAUUUCAAGAACCGCCAACAACAACGUUAACCCCAUUACGGAAGAUCUUGGACUUUCACUCCACCCGUUUCAACAAGCACCUUCGAAUCAACAUCAAGGUACUCUCUUUGGUGCUGGAUCCAGUAACAACGUCGGAUUUGAGAGCCAGUAUCAGAAGAUUGUAGCUUGGAACAACGAAGCUGCUACCAUGGAUAUCAACAGGGUAGGGUUCAUGGUGAACCCGCAGCAGAAUCAUCAUCAUCCAUUUCUAGGCCAAAGUGUGAGUGGGUCCCUUCAGUCAAGUUUUCCACCACCAUCACUUAGAUCUUGGGGUGAAAUUCAGAUGAACCCAAACUCCUCGGAACAACAACACAGCAGGCCACAACAACUGAUUCACCAUGCUUCCAUAUUUGGAAGCAGAUUUGUUUCUGAUGGAUUAGCAGCAGGGUUUUGCAUUCCAGCUAGAAUUCAAGGCGACCAAGAGAACCAUCAUGGAGUUGCUUCUAACACCACUCCAUCUUCUGCUUCUCCUCAUUCUCACCACUGACCCAUGGUUUUGAAUUGCCGUACAAAUAUAAUUGCAGACGGAAUUCACUCAACCAAAACCCAAGUUGGUUACAAUUGCGGCCUUUUCUACAAUUCAGCAGUUUUCACAAGUCUCAGGUACUGCAGUUAAUAGUUUUUAUGUUUUGCGCUUAAAAACACCAAAAACAUUUUGGCAAUGUAUUUAAUUUCUCUUCUAUGUGUCGGCUUCUUGAUCAAGUAACAGUGUAACGCUGUCAAUGAGGAUUCAUGACUAUAACAUAUAUGUGUAUGUCUUUAUCUCUUCUUGUAAUAUGUUUUUAUUUGUUUAGAGUGUAAUAUAUAGUUAGGGUUAGCAAUAUUGUUCAUUUGCAUUUUACAUGUUAAUUAGGUUUUUCUGAUUGAAAUUAAUUUCAUUUUAUGUUGCUAAUGUGCUGCUUUUAUUUCUAUACGAAAUUGCAUGUUUCAACAAAAACAAUAAUCAAACUAUGUGAAAUGUAAUUUAUUUAGUAGAAACAAGUUGACUAGUUGAGUAGCAAGAAGGGACCAUUUCUCAGCCACCACAGAGUUGGGGAUAUGUGUAAUGUGUUCUUUUUACAGUAUCUUGUUAUUUUCAAUACAAAGAUAUAAAGUGUUUGCCUUU